AUGGCCGUCGAUAUCCUGACCAAGAUCACCUCCGCCUUCGGGCAUAACCUCAAGACCGAUGUCAAUCGGUUCGACGAGCUCGUGUUGAAAUUGAAGGAGGCGCUUGGCCCGUCGGGACUUGAUUCGGCAGACGUCGAUGUCAACGAGUUGAUGAAGUUGAUGGAAGAGUAUAACACAACGGAAAACGAAUGGAUACAGUUUGCAUUCGCCGAGAAGAGCAUGGGUUACACCCGCAACCUCGUUGACGAAGGCAACGGCAAGAGUAAUCUGCUUGUGCUUGUCUGGACGCCGGGCAAGGGCAGCCCUAUCCACGACCACGGCAAUGCGCAUUGCCUGAUGAAGAUUCUCAAAGGCGAUCUGACUGAGAUCCGCUAUGCCUUCCCGGAAGGCAACGAAGAGCAACCCAUGCAAAUAAUCUCUGAAAGAACACACAAGGAGAACGCGGUGGCAUAUAUGGCAGACGAACUUGGCGUCCACCGAGUCUGCAACAAGGGUAGCGACUUCGCUGUCUCCCUUCACCUCUACACCCCUCCCAAUGUCGCUAAGGGUGGUUGCAACAUCUUCAAUGAGAAGACUAGCAAGAGGAGCCAUGUAGCCAAGUGCGGCUACUACUCAGCGUACGGCCGCCGACUGCCGAAGCAGUAA